AUCUCCUUUCUCCUGUUUUCGUGCAGAUCUCUCCGUACUCGAAUCUAUUCAAUUUCAUUUGAUUUCUCUUCCUCCGAUUUCAGGAAUCAGUCAACCGAGUCGAGAAUGAAUGUGCCCUAGUUUUACUUUGUUAGUUGUUAAUCAGAAGAAGAAGAAGAAGUGGUGGUUGCUGGUUUAUGAGUUGAAACGUUUGUUGAUUGAUUGAACAUGAUAUGAAUUGGAGAUGAAAUCUCUAUACCCGUAGAAAGAUUCCUCGGUGCAGGUGUUUUUCUUUCGAUUGUUUCGAUUUAUGCAAAUAACGUUGUUAUCUGGGGAGAAAUGGAAGACUUGGGCGCCGCGCAAGUUGUUUCUCCUACAGUCAUCCACCAAUCAAUGGUCGGAAGAUUUCAUGAUUCGCGAGAUGUGAGCUUGGAAGCUAACGAUGAGGUGGAGUUAGAGAGAGAAGUUGUGAAAACUUCGGAAGUUGAAGUUCCCACAUCGACUUUCUUGGAUUUGGAUUUGGAGCCGUGUCCAAUAAAAAACGGGGAAGAGACACUUAUGGAGAUAUUAGGAGAGAAUGGCGAAUUGAAUAUUAUUUCGUCCAACACCAAUGAUUCUGGUAAUGCAAACGAUGAAUGUGCGGAUCAGAUUAACUUGAGCGUAACUGAAGCAUCAGAAGCAAGUCAGGGAUAUGUAGCUGACUGUGAUUUGCAAGAUGUGAGCAAGGAGACCAAUGAUGAGAUAAAAUCGGAGAGAGAAGUGGUGGAAAAUGCAGAACAUGAAAUUCCUGCAUCAACAUCAUCGGAUUUGGAAUUGGAGCCGCAUCCAAUUAAUAACAAGGAAGAUAAAGUUGUUGAAGAAGCACUUCCUGUUCAUGACAGUUCGAUGAGGAGUUACACCAAAGAGGCAAGCUCGGGAUCUGACUCUACACUUGACACGUGUCCAGCUGUUCUUGCAGAGAAAGAACCAACUCCUCAAUUGGGUGAACCCCAUGCUGAAACUAAAGUUUCAAGUGAGAAAGCCAAAGCUGCAGAUAGCCCACCUGAAACUUUUGAUGUGAAAUCCUGCAGCCCACCUGAAAAUUUUGACGUGAAAUCGUGCAGCCCACCUGAAACUUUAGACGUGAAAUCGGAACCUGGAGAUCAUGUUCAUAACGUUUCUACCAUAAACAGCGUAGAAACGAAUGGUAGUGUGACUCUCGCAUGCAGAACAGAGGUUUCGGAUAAAUUUGAUGUUGAGGAAGGUGCAGCUAACAUUGUGUCAGACAAAAGAGACGUUGAAGACAUGGUAGAUCAAUUGUAUGGUGCUGUAGGAAAUAGUAAUGAUAACUUGUCCUUGCAAGAAAAUGAGGAAAGUGAAAAUUCUUCCAGCAACAACAUAUCCGUCGCUUCAAUAGGUGGUUCCUUGAUCGACGGAGAAGCAGCAAUUAUUAAGACGAAGCCGAAGCCAUUCAACUUUUUGGUCAGGGUACCAAGAUUUGAUGAUGAAAGCCUUCGAGAACAAAUCAGGCUUGCAAAGCUACAUGUUGAUGAAAAGACAAAACUGAGGGAAGCUGUACAAGUCCAAAUACAGGAAAAAAGAGCCAACACUCAGAUUCAUGGGAUCGAUUAUGAAUACGCCAAGGGUGAAGCUAGAAGUGCACGGAAGUUGGUGAGAUCGAAACGCGUGGAAAUAGAUUCUCUUCAGGCUGUGAUUAACAAAGCCAAGAAUGCGUUAUCUAUUGAGGAUAUUGAUAGCCAGAUGUACAAUAUGGAACGUAUGAUUCAGCAUGAGACUCUUCCCUUGAAAGAAGAAAAGCAGCUCAUUCGUGAAAUCAAGCAACUGAAGCAAAUUCGCGAACAAUUGUCUUCUAAUAUUGGUAGCCAAGAUGAAAUCAACCAGGCACUUGAACAGAGGGAGGAGGUUGAAGAGCGUUUAAAGAUUCUAAGGAAGGAGCUUGAUGUGCUUAAAGGGAGAGUCUUAAAAGCUGAGGCGGUUGCUACGGAAGCGGAAAAGAAAUAUGACGAUGAAAAUAAAAAGGUUAGGGAACUUCAGACUCAGUUUAGAGCUGCAAAUGAUGUGCGCCAAGAAGCAUACGCUCAGUGGCAAGAUUUGAGAAAAGAACUUUCGGAGAAGACCAAACACUUUUUCAAGUACAAGGACAGUGCAGCUCUUGCAAAUAAUUAUGCAUUUACCAGGGAUAGGGAGGCUCUUUACCGUAUGUGCUUUAAUAAUGUGGAAAAUUUCAUGGAACUGUGGAACACAAGCGAGGAGUUUCGCACAGAUUACGUUAAAUUCAAUGCAAGGAGUUACGUAAGGAGAUUCGGUACUUUAGACGGGCGCGCACUUGGCCCCGAUGAGGAGCCUCCUAUACUACCGAGUUAUGUUAAUGACAGAGUUAAGAUGGUUCCGACUCCAGUCAAGGUUGAUGUUCUUACAUCACAAACUCCAACUCUAGAGCUAAAGCAAGAGCCAACGGUCGAAAAUGUGACCUCAGAGGUUAAAACUGUGAAGAAAAUGACGGAACUUAAGAAUCAAGAAGUGACGAAUAAGGGACUUGCUAUACAUAUACGCUCGAAUGGCUUGGACACCGUUUCUGUUAAGGAGAUUGCUGAUGAGGUGCAAGAGGAGCCAAAGAAAUCAAAGGAGGAGAUUGAGUCGAUAAGGAAAGUAGAGGAAAGGAGAAAGGAGGAGGUUGAAGCUAAGUUGAAAGAGGAACAAAGGUUGGAGGCACUAGCCAAGGCUAACGAGGCACGUGAGAGGAAGAAACGACAAGCGGAAAAGUUACAGAUGAGAGCAGAACUCAAGACACAGAAGGAAGCAGAACUGAAAGAAAAGGAGAGGGAGAAGAGGCAGAGAAAGAAGGAAAGAAAGAAGGCUGCUUCAGACGUGAACGACAUAGACACAGCUCCAAGCUCUGAAACCGCUUCGGUAAUUAGCAUCGACACCGAAGCGAAGGACACUACUACUACAACUACUUCUUCUUCAGCAGUACCUAAAAAGGCGCAGAAAUCGUGGUUAUUCGCAAAGCAGAGCAAGGCAAAAUCAGUUGUGCCGCCAGCUCUACGCAACAGAAACAAGAAAAGAUUGCAGCAGUGGAUGUGGGUGGGUGUCACAAGCCUGGGUAUUCUACUUCUGUUCUGGCUGGGAAAUAUCGGUGUUUUUCCGAGCAUACAUUACAAGCGACGAAGCCCUGUUAUCUGAUUUCGCCCUUUUUGCAUGUUAGACUCGGAUUAAUUCGGCGGGUUUUGUUCUAGAGACGGAUAUAUAGAUAAUAUAGGGUGGUAUACUACUUUGGUUCAUUACUAAGAUUAUUUGGUCAGUGUUUUAGAUUAGUAGUCUUUAAUGGUUUUAGUUCAUAUACAAGAUUGAUAUAGAGCUCUUUUUGUUUUUUGCAUUAGUAGUGAACAUGUAUCCAAAACUAACAUGCAAAACCAAAGGCCAAAUUUGCUCAUUUUUAGGCAAAUUUGUUUGUUUUUUUUUAAAUACUUCCUACACUUUAGGAUUGGUUAGUAUAUGAAUAUUCAUUUUUCUAGUGCAUGAAAUAAAUAUUACAAUUUCUAAA